CUCGCAACAUGGAGUAUGUACAAAGUCCUCAAAAGAAAACAAAAAAUCAUGCUGAAGCAGAAAUACUUCAAAAGGAAUGGAGGUUUGUUACUGCAACAACAUUUGUCUAGCAAUGAAGGUAAUGUUGAAAAAAUUAAGUUGUUUACUUCAAAAGAGAUGGAAAAGGCAACCAAUAAUCGAAUCCUUGGUCAAGGAGGUCAAGGGACUGUUUAUAAAGGAAUGCUAAUAGAUGGAAGCAUUGUGGCUAUUAAGAAAUCCAAAAUGGUGGAAGGAAAGAAAUUUGCUGAAAAGAAGGUUGAACAGUUCAUUAACGAGGUGAUAAUUUUAUCUCAAAUUAAUCACAGGAAUGUGGUUAAGCUUUUAGGGUGUUGUUUAGAAGCUGAAGUCCCUCUAUUGGUGUAUGAGUUCAUCCCAAAUGGUACAUUAUACGAUCUCAUUCGUAAUCAAAAUGAAGAAUUACCAUUGACAUGGGAAAUGCAUUUACGAAUUGCUAUUGAAAUUGCCAAUGCCUUGUUCUAUUUGCAUUCAGCUGCUUCUGCUCCUAUUUAUCAUCGAGACAUUAAAUCUAGUAACAUACUUUUGGAUGAUAAAUAUAGGGCAAAAGUAUCAGAUUUUGGAACUUCAAGAUCAGUUGCACUUGAACAAACACAUCUAACCACUCGGGUGCAAGGAACUUUUGGAUAUAUGGAUCCGGAAUAUUUUCGAUCAAGUCAAUUUACAGAGAAGAGUGAUGUUUAUAGCUUUGGAGUUGUUCUUAUUGAGCUUUUUACAGGACAAAAACCCAUCUCCGCAGAACAAUCAGAGCCAGUGAGAAGCUUGGUAUCUUAUUUUUUGGAUUCAAUGCAGGAGAAUUCCUUGUUUAACAUUCUUGAUCCAAUGGUAGUAAAGGAUGGUCCAGAACAGGAGAUUAUAGUAGUGGCUCUGCUAGCAAAAAGAUGCUUGAAUCUUAAUGGAAAGAAAAGACCCACCAUGAAACAAGUAGCAAUGGAGUUGGAGUUGAUUAAAGCUUCUGGUGGAAAUGUUAUGGAAGACCAUGAACAAUCCUAG